ACGUGUUAGCGAAUUCUUGUAAACAUGGCGUCGGGGAUACCCUCCUCAACACACUUGCCAUUUGGCAGGGUAUUCUCUGACGUCAUUGCUCAAGGUUGUAGCCUAGUGCAAGUUAUACCGGUACAUGGUGGACGGCCCGCCACUAUUUUGAUAGUCCGAGAAUGACCACGUAAGCUUGUUGAAGCCAUAAAACAAGAUUGUUCUAGUGUACGACAGUAUUUGGGAUUGACAUUUGUGGACGUAGAUUUUGUAAGAACUACGUUUAAAGAUGCCAAAAGGGCCAGUAAAGGUGCGUCAUCAGCACUGUUGGGGGAUUCCCUAGUAUUUGUGAGCCUGAGGUUAGGGAAGACGUUGUCUCCCACCAGGGCCUUGCCAUGCCACGUCGAAAACAAAGUCAAGCAAACGAGAGUGCCAGUGAAGCUGAUGAACACGAAACACCCUCAAAACUUACUUGUAGGCCUCAUCAGGUAGUAGAACAUUGUUCUAAACUGUCAUUGAGUAAUAAUACUCUCUGUACAACAGCGCACUCAAAGUGUGAAACCAGUCAAAGGUCUUCAUGUACUGUUGAAGGAAAAAAAUCGAGCAUCUUACCUUCUCUCAAAUGCUCGUUUGUGCAGGAAACUGGCAGCAAAUUGAUACCUAAAGAUAAUGAGAAUAAAGUGGUUAUUGAGCCAGCAAAAUGUGCUAUUGUAGUAGAAGUUUCCAAGAGUGAAGUGGUCAUUGAUAGCAAACAACAUAGAACAUUGUUGACAAAUACAUCUAAUGAGAGUUUUUCUUGUGCUUCAUCAACUCUGAAUCACAAGCAGAACCAAAAAAACAUAUGUUCAUGUAGGAAUCUUCUACAGAAUGGUGAAUCUACAAAUAUUAACCUUUUUAAAACAUGGAAUACAGAAGAUGGUGGUAAUUUAAAAGAAAUAUUGACACAGAGUAAUGAUGAUAAAGGUUCAUCAGUGGAACAUUCAAAUAGACACACACUGGUCUACAAACAGUGUGGGGUGCAGGAAUGUAAUACUGGCUUGUGUGUUAUGUCAGAAGAUAAAAACUCCUGUAGUACAAACAGUAAUUUGCAUAAAACACCCAUUCAUGUCUCUGGAGAGGGGGCAGAAAUUACAGAUACAAAUUUUCUCUUAAGCCAAGCUAGAAAUUCUUUAGUGAAUGCUGAAUUGCCUAUCACUGUAGGUGAGGUACUGCCCAGCACUUUUUCAGUGAGUCAUUGUAGGAGUUGCACUUCCCCAGAAGUUAAUGACAGAGGUAAAGAAAAUAAGUCUACAAACAACACACUAGGGCAGGUAUUUGCUGUAACUGUGGGUGACCUAACAAAUCAAGAAAUUAUGACCACUGUUACUGAAAGGAUGUCAGGCAAUGUUUUACAUUCAAGCUUGGAUCAUAGUUUGGUAGUAACAACAACUUCAUCAUUACCUCGCAUGACAAGUAAAUUGUCUAAAAUCACAGUAAUAAAUUUGAAUACUGCACAAGAUGCAACAGAGAACUCUACAUUUAUGUCUACCAUAUGUGACCAAAUAGAAAAAUCCACUAAUUCUGAGAUUUGUUCACAAAAGAUCAUAAGUAGUCUUCUAAUGCCAAGUUCAAUAUAUGGCCCACCAGUGGAAUCUCCCAAUGUUGAGUCUGUUCUCCAUGGUUUAAGAGUCAGUUCAAUAUCUUCUGAAAUUAAACCUGUCACUGAAGUUUCUUCUCUAAAGUUGGAGACAGAAACAUCUAAAAGUUCAAAUAUGUCUUAUCUCAAAGAAGAAAAUAGAGAUGAAAAACCAGAAAAUCAAAAUGUAAAUAUAACAAGCAAUAGCACUAGUGAUGAACUUGUUUGUUUUAAAAAAGAGAUAACUUACCAUUAAGUAAAAAACUAAGGCUGAAGAUACCAGAUACAAAAAUAGGCGAACUUAGUUCCCUGUCAGAAGGGGGCGUUGCAAGUCAAAACCUAGGAACAUCUCAAUCUAUUAAGUCAGUUAAAUCUCCUGUUGUAACAAGUCCUCAGAUUCUAGAGGAAAGAAUUAGCAAGCUUAUAUCUGAAAAUGCUGCUAUUGUGGAAACACUAGAUCCCCUGUGGUCAUGGCGAUAUACUCGCCAAUCCAGCAUCUCUUCUAGCCAAAAUAUUGAAUCAGAAUUAAAGAAAGGUAAAACUUCUGUACGAAUGAGACGAUACAGUGAAGACUCAAGUCUAGCAAAGAAGGUUAAUACCAGUACUAAUGUUAGUCAGUGCUUUGGCUCUAAACUUCAGGUUGCUUUAAUAGGUAAUAGUGUAACAGAAAGUUGUGAAAUCAAUGAGAGAGUAAUUGGCUCUUCAGCAGAACUCUCUCCUUUACAUAUUAAUGGUGAAAGGAUGUCGAUUUUAGAAAAAGUUAAUAUCAAAGAAGAUAGUUUUCAUGGACAUCCAAAAAAUCCAGAAAGAAGCAUCAUUAAAGAUUUACUACUUAAGGACAGAAGUAAGGGAGAAAAAAGCUUGUUGGAUUCAGCAGCAUUGAAAAAUCCAUUAGCCAUUGAAACAGUUACAAAGUCCCCUCAGGUUUCUUUUUUAUGCAGACUGUGUAAUAUAGUAUUUCGUUGUAGAGAAAAUUACAUUGCUCAUCGACAGCAUUACUGUAAAGAUAGCCAGGAGUACACCUGUAAGUCUGAAGAAAGCUUACAUUAUUUGAAAGGAGAUAUUUCAUCAAGUGGAUAUGUAAUGACUUUACCUAUUUCAUCUUCAUCAGCUGCUUCUGCAUCACAGUCAUCUAAGUCAAAUACAUCAGUAUAUUCUUUGUUUCAACAUGGACAGGUAUUACCUUCUAAUAGUGAAGCUCAUAUUCAAAUGUCUUACCAUGGAUUAACUAAUAAAUCUCAUAUUUUUCAAAAAUCUACAAUCAGUCCUUCUCCUGAAAAUCCUCCUCUGAAGAAGAGGAAAAUAUCUGAGCCAGUAAUUCCAGUAAAUGGACCUGAAGAAGUAGUUAAAAACAAGUCACUCAGUAAUUUGUCAAACUGUCCCCAAACCAAUCAACAAUCAAUGUUAGUGGUCACAUCUGCUUCUACUAAACCAAGUGAUGUUCAGAUGAAGGACUUGAGAGAAAAUACACAAGUAUGUGAAAAAAUGCUAGUCCAUCCUAUGCAAGUAAACACAGGGCUAUCUGUUAUUCAAGAAAUACCAAAAGUUAAGCAAGUAGAAUCUGGAUUAAAAGAUCAUUCCAUGCUAGCUAGAGAAAACAUAAGUACAUCAGUUGUUGAUAUCAUAUCAAAACCAGUUUUAAAUUCUGGUGGGACUGUUCUUUCUGUUCAAAAUUCUCUGCAGGAUGAAGUGAACUCAGAAAUUUGUUUACAAGCUAACCACACAACUGAGUCAGGUUCUGUAGAUUUUGCUCUAAGUAAUUCAAAAAGGGUUGCAUAUAGAGAGCUCAAAGUGGAUGAACCAAAGGAUGCUGAAAUUGUUCAGGAUUUGUCUCUUAGUAAACUAAUUAACAAAAAAUCAUGUUUUAAUACAGGAGUUUCUGUACCAACCACCCUAACUACUAUUAAUCAAGAGUCAGUUGCUCAGAGCUUGGUCUCAGUUCAAAGAAAAACAAGUAUCUAUUCUGUCAUCCCAGACUAUAGGGUUAUGCAGGGAAGACCUGAUACUGUUGUGCCUAUGGAUCUGCUAGAAGAAACAGACAAUAUUUGUUCUGAUCCAUCUACACACAUGCAGGCAAGUUUCAAUAAACCACAGUCAAUUCCUGAAAGACCAGUUUUGUCUCCUUCUUUACCAUUCUUUCCAUCUUCUGUAAUGCAUUUAGUCUUGGAAAAUAGUGCUCAACCACCACUUCAGCAAACAGUCAACUCCACCUUGAGCUUCAAUUUGGCCUCCAAAUCUCCACCUGAUAUCCCUACAUCAGACAAACCACUGCCAGUACCUAGUUCUACAAAAAGAAUCAUUGCAAGUGACAGUUUUCAGAUUGAAAAAACUAAUGUGGAAACAAGUAAGACUAAACCCACUAGACCAUCUUCUUUACCUUUGAAGAAAAAGGUUAUUACCAUGAUAGGUUCCACACUAAUCAGUCCUGAAACACCUCGCCCAAAAAAACACUGCAUUCAGCAGUACAUCAAUGGACACUCGUACACUUAUCUAGGGCUUAAAUGUUCAACUAGGUCAACCUAUUGCAGUAUAUACAGGCCCCAACCUAUGUAUGUUCCUCAAGAUACUGAUCCCAAAUUAUCUAUGUAUUCAAAUUGGCAAGUUGUCCCUGCGAAAAAUAUGUUGCUUGGAUUGUCUCCAGGACAAAUGGUUGGACUUUAUGAUUCCAGACAGUGGCUUCAUUGUUGUUCAGGAAUCUUUGCAUUAGCAAAACAAUCACCACAACUGCUUAUUACACACUCUAGUUAUUGGAUAUAUCGAUGCCAAGAACUAGAGAGGUCAUCUAAAUCUAAUCAUCUUUUUAGUAGUCCAAGUGAAAAUAAAUUCCAGAUGUACAAAAGUAAAACAGAACAAUGUACUUCAAAUUCUGUAGAAAUAGUUAAUCCAGGGGAAAACAAGGAAAAAACAAGUUUCAAUUCUCUGGAAUCAGUCCCUAGUAGUGGACUUUAUAGUUGUAACCAGCAACACCUGAUGGUGUCCACCCCUGAUGAAGGUCAACACUUUGUUAAAGCCAAGUAUCAGGAUGAACAGCUAAACAUUUCCAAGCCUUUGGAACUGACUAUUCCUAAUGGAAGCAAACAAUCCAUAGACAUACUGGAGCAGAAUCAUAGUUUAUCUACACCAGAUAAUUUGUUGGUCUCUCCUAGCUCUAAUUAUUCCCAAUUUAAAGAUCAGCAAUUGCAUUUACCUAAAUCUCAACAGUGGCUGACAAAUUCUGGAAACACUAAACAAUCAUUUACCAUUGAGAUUGAAAAACAACAGCAGUGCUCCAGCAAGUUCACAAAAUCUUUGAUCAGUUCAAUCAAAGAGCAUCCAUUCAGCAGUAAUGCUGAAGAACAACAGCAAAAUCAAGCUGUGUGUCAGGAAAGCCCAGUAAUUCCGUGUGCAAGCAAGCAAGCCUUGAACUUGUAUUGCAGAAAUGAAGAAUUAAACUUGGCAAAUAUUCAGCAACAAUUGUUUACUUCUCCAAAAAUUCAGUAUUCUAUUAUUACACAGGAUCAGGAAGAACAACAGAAUGUAACUAAGCCUGUUGAAACAAUGAUCAGCCCAAAGAGAAUAAAUCCUACCUUCUUCUACCAGAAUCAAGAUGAACAGAUGAACUCCUCCAUGGCAGUGGGUUAUCCUGAGAGAAAUAAGCACUUGGAACCUGUGACCAGUCCCAAUAUAGAUAUGCAGGUAUCAAAUAACCAGGAAGUAGGUUCAUCCAUGGACUCCAGUUCAUUAUCUGUCAACCCUGAAACAUUGCAGUCUCUGACAACUUCUUGUACCACUCUUAUACCAGCACUUUCACCUCUUUGCAGUGGAGAAACUCAAUCUUCUUUGAAAACUGUAUCAAAUAAUUCCUUAUCUCCAGCUAGACCUGGUGGACAAGAAGGUGAAAGUGAUGAAACAUCAGACAGUUUUCAUACCAUAAAGUUAACAGAGCUAACCACCGAUGAAGAGUCUACUCGAAGCGAACCUUUAAAUGAUAAUGAGUCUGCCCUUCUACCAAAACGAGUUCGUAUUUUUGAAGGAGGAUUCAAGUCAAAUGAAGAUUACACCUAUGUUCGUGGUCGAGGACGGGGAAAAUAUGUUUGUGAAGAAUGUGGAAUUCGCUGUAAAAAACCUAGCAUGUUGAAGAAGCACAUCCGAACUCAUACAGAUUUACGGCCUUUCAGUUGUUCGCAUUGUUCAUUUGCUUUUAAAACAAAAGGCAACUUAACCAAACACAUGAAGUCCAAAGCUCACCACAAAAAGUGUGUGGAACUUGGUAUAGUUCCUGUUCCUACUACUAUAGAUGACUCCCAAAUUGAUGGAGAAGCACUAGCUAAACAGGAACAGCUGGACAAGGGAAGACGACAGUUUAUAGAUGGAGAAGAACUUGAAGAUGAGGAAGAUGAAGACUUUGAUGAGGAUGCAGGGGAUAGUUAUGGUGAAGAAGAUGCUGAAAUGGAGAUUCUUUCUGAUGAAAGACCUAUUAAUGACGAAAAGAUUCAACAAAAUAAUGAUGUCCCUGGAGAAAAAAGCAAAGAUUCGGAAGAACAGAAACAUGAAGCUGCACGCUGCUUACUCAACCUAUCUUCCUUGCCAACAGUAACAAGUGAAACAAAAGAUGAGCCAGCAAAUGUGAUGAGCUUCUCACUUCAGGAAACCUUACAACUUCAACCAACAAUAUCUGAUUCUAAAGAAGACUGUGUUUCAAAGAAUUUGAUUCCACAAAAUAAUAAUGUUACUGAUGUCAGUUUUUUAUUAACUCCACCCUUACAGUAUAGGUCUCGGUCAUCCUCGGUUCACAUUCCUUUAUCUCCAGUUAGAAAACAAGAUGCACCAACAAUGAUGGAAGGUCAAGUUAUCAAUCAGAGUACAUCUUUUACAAAAGAAUCAGCUGGCAAUCGUCGCUAUUCCUUUUCUGUUGUUGGAGAGUUGAGAAGAAACAUACACUUAUCAGAAAGCCCAAGGAUUGAUUGUGAACAAUUGAGUAUUAAAAGUGAAAAUGAGGGACACUGCAUGGACUUUCCAUCCUUCUCUUCUGUUCCUUCAAACAGUGAGGAUGAAACAUCUGUAUCAGGAGCUGAUCAACCAAUGGACCUGAGUGUUACACGAGAUAUGAAGAUUGAUGCAAAGGCUUCUGUAGACAGUAAUCCUGGAGUUCCAGAAGAACCAUUGGACAGCUUAUUGGGUGCUUGUCUUCAGUAUGGUAGUUUCACUGCUUUGAGGACUGGAGGAUCGCAAAUGGUUCUGAAUUUAUCUGAAGUAAAAAGACAAUCACAAUCUCCAUGGGAUCUUCAGCAACAAAUUGUUUGUAGACAGUCGGUUGAUGAUAGUGUGGUACAGUUAUCCCCAGUAACACCUCCAUCACCAAAUGAUAUUCCUCCAAAGACUUUCCUUCACAAUGACCAGAGUCCAACCUCUUGUAGACCUCAGGCAGAAUUUAUUGUUGCUAAGUCUGGGUGUAGACAAAAUUUAGAUGAUGGAAAGUGUGUUUGUGAUAUUUGUAAUAAAACAUUCACAAAACCCAGCCAACUACGGUUGCAUGUGAAUAUUCAUUAUUUUGAAAGACCUUUCCGUUGUGACAGUUGUGUAGUCUCCUUUCGUACCAAAGGCCAUCUGCAGAAACACAAACGUUCUGUAAGCCACUAUAACAAGGUUAAUAUGAAUCAAACAUUUGGAACUCCAAGUGCUGAUAAUCCUCGACCUUUUAAGUGCAGUGAUUGUAAAAUAGCUUUUCGGAUUCAUGGACACCUUGCAAAGCAUCUACGUUCAAAAAUGCAUAUUAUGAAACUGGAGUGUUUGGGAAGGCUCCCUUUCGGAAUGUAUGCAGAGAUGGAACGGAAUGGGACAAAUCUGAAUGAGAUUGACACAACAGAUGGUGACAGCUCAUUAGAGAGUCUGCAGGCUAUUGCACAACGUCUGUACCAUCAAGAGCCCAGACAACUUAUGUGGCAGCAAGAGAAUACUUAUGGAGUUGCCAAGUGUUCUUCAAACCCCCUAAGCUCUUCAGACUCAAUCUGUGUAUCAUUCAGCCAAAAUAAGAAACUUACAACCCCAAUGACUGAUAACUUUCAAAUUAAACAGGAACCACAAGAUGUUAUUGACAGCCAUUCACUCAAAAAUGAGAGCGAUUCCCUUUUAUGGUCAGUUGAUUUUAAAAAGGCUGGAAGUGUCUGCUUAGAUCAGAAUACACAGUUGCACCAUCAUCCUUUAUCCUGCCAACAUUGUGGUCAGUCUUUUGUGAGUGCCAAAACCCUUAGAGUACACACUUAUUAUCAUCAUGCUCAGUGGUCAACAGAUGGAGCUACCAGUAGUUCUACACUAAGGCCUGUGUCACCAGUUAUUUGUGGUAAAAGUCCACGAACACCUCAGAAAUAUGCCAGUGUACAAGAAAACAUAGACAACAUUUUAAGUUGUGAUGAAUACAGUCAGAAAUGUGCCAGUCAGGGUGGUCUGCAGCAGCAGACAGCAUUUUUGUGCCAAGUGUGUGGACAUGCAUUUGUAGCAGCUCAAGAUCUUCAGAAACAUGUCCAGACCCAUCACAGAGACCCAUCUUAAUCAAGAACCCAGGGCUGAAGUCAUUGUAUGCUCAAGCAGUCCCUGUUUUUACCGGUGGAUUUAGACUGUUGUACAUAUAUAUGUAUUGUUUGGUUGAAUUAAUAGUUUUGAUGUUACAAAACCUUUUUGUAUAUUAUAAAACACACCUGAAAAAUUUAUAGCUCUGGUAAGGUUAUCCUGGUGGUUAUGGUAUUGUUAAUUAUCUUCUCAGGUAAAGAACCUGCACUUUUUUGUUCUUACUUACCAUGUUUUUGUACAGUACACAUCUAUGUAAUAGAAGUGCCAUUACAGGAAAUUAUAUGUAUGUAUUUUUGUAGAAACAUGUAUUAGAUGUGUGUAAGUGAAUGUGGUUUGCAAAAUAUAUUUGUUUUGUGUUCAUCCUGUUAGACAUUGUCAUAACUUGUUGAAUGAUGGUGCUUUGGCCAUUAUCUUGUAUGUUAUUAGUGUUUUCAUGGCUGAUUUUAGAGAGUUAUAUAUACAAGAGUUAAGUUUUGUUUGUCUUGUACUAAGUGGAAGAAUUCAUCCUUUACUUCCAAGUGCAUUGUUAUGUCUUAAUCCACAUGGAUCAAGACCUCCACCCAUUGUUUUAUUCUUGUUGUUCUGUUGAUUUUUAAAAUGUGUUUCAAAUGCUUUCUCACGGUUGAGUAAAGCUAUCUCAGUUAGUUUUUCAUGGCCAUUGUAUCAAAGCACUUUUUGUGAUGUCAUUAGUCCUUUCUGUAUAUGUAUAUAUAUGUCUGUGUGUUUCCUUCAUCUUACUGUGUGUAACAUAAUGAUUUCUUUGUAAUGCACAUACUCCUUGAUCUGCCAUCUGGCAAGACAGUGAGUAUUAUAUGAUAUUUUUUAAAAACAGACACAAGUAAAUUUUACAAUAACUUGGAAGGUACAUUAGUUUUCUGUAUAGAGAAGUAUAAUAUAGAUUAUUUUUUAAUUUGAUACUGGUAGUCUACCUGUAGUACUGUUUAAUAAUAUAUCAUUCCAGGUUUCCUACCCAUUUGGGAGUUGAGUUAGUGAAAUGUAAAGCAUAGCUUCUGAUUUGAUACGACAGGAACAUUAUCUCAAUAACAUGUUUUGCAAUAUUAUAAGUUUUUAUUAUAACUAAUUUAAAAUAAAUACCUGU